AUGAAGAACCGAGUAGUCGUAACUGGGAUCGGGAUAGUCAGCCCAUUGGGACUGGAUCGUCAGUCCACCUGGCAUAAUCUGAUCGCUGGUAAAUCCGGUGUCGCUCCAAUAACCUCAUUUGAUACGGAGGGCUAUCGCACUACCAUCGCCGCUGAGGUAAAGGGCUUCGACGCGGCGGCAUUCGUCGGUAGGAAGGAAGCGCGGCGGAUGGACAGGUUCGUGCAGUUGGGGGCGGUGGCUGCCCUUGAAGCAGUUGAACACGCCGGGCUCAAGGUCACUUCCGACAAUUGCACUCGCGUCUCGAUAAUGAUUGCGAGCGGUAUCGGCGGAAUCAUCACGCUCUCUGAACAGGUUGGCGUUCUGGGCUCUCGUGGACCCUCGCGCGUCAGCCCUUUCUUGGUGCCUAUGAUGCUCCCCGACAUGGCGUCUGGGCAAGUGUCGAUUAUGCUCGGAGCCAAGGGACCGAACUACUCCACUGUAUCUGCUUGUUCCAGUGGGGCAGACUCCAUUGGCCAGGCCCUUGAAGUGUUACAGGAAGGAGACGCUGAUGUAGUUCUCGCUGGUGGCGCAGAGGCAGCGAUAUGCCCCAUCGGAGUUGCUGGCUUCAAUGCUUGCCAGGCGCUUUCGACCCGUAACGAUGAUCCCAAGGGUGCAUCUCGUCCAUUUGACGCCGAACGAGACGGGUUCGUAAUCGGUGAAGGCGCUGCCGUAAUUGUGAUGGAGACAUUGCAGAGCGCAGUCAAGCGCGGAGCAACGCCGCUGGUAGAAAUUGUGGGAUACGGCUCCACCGCUGAUGCCAAUCAUAUUACUCAGCCUGCACCGGAAGGUGAAGGUGCGUCGCGCGCAAUGAAGAUUGCCAUCAAGAAAGCCGGAUUACAGCCGGAUGAGAUUGGAUAUGUGAACGCGCACGGCACAUCGACGCCACUUAACGACAAAUACGAGACAAUGGCCAUGAAGGGCGUAUUCGACGAGGAAGUUUACAGAGUUCCCAUCAGCUCCACCAAGUCUAUGACUGGGCACUUGCUCGGAGCGAGCGGUGCGCUUGAGGCUGCUAUUACAACGCUUGCCAUAUCUGAAGAGACAAUACCGCCGACCAUUAACUUGAAGAAUGCCGAUCCUGAAUGUGAUCUAGAUUACACGCCGCAUAUUGCAAGGCAAGGGCGUAUCAAUGCUGCGCUCAGUAACUCUUUUGGUUUCGGCGGUCAUAAUGCCUCUCUAGCCUUCCAGCGAUAUGAAGAAUAG